AAGCCGCCCUGCCGGCAGCGGCACCGGGAGCGAGCGGUGGGGCUGGCCGUGCCGCCGAGGGGGCUGAGGGCGGCCCGGUCCCAGCGACAGCCCGGCCCGCCCGGUCCCUCCGCCGCCUCCUCCUCCCUCUCCUUCUCCUCCCCCGCACCGCCCCGCAGCAUGCCGCCCUCCCCGCGCCGCCCCGCCUGAGGCGGGACCGGGGCAGCCAUGCUCCGCUAGGUGAGCUCGGCGCGGCCGGGGCCGGAGCUCCGCGGCCCAAGCCUUCCCCCCCGCCCCGUCCGCAGCACCGGCGGCGCCAUGAGGAACGGCGAUGACCUGGAGGGCUUCGACGGGGAGGCGUCCAGCACCUCCAUGAUCUCGGGGGCCAGCAGCCCCUACCAGCCCACCACCGAGCCCGUCAGCCAGCGCCGCGGGCUGGGCGGCCUCCGCUGCGACCUGGACUACCUGCGGGGCACCUUCGGCAGGAUCAAGCUGGCCGAGGUGGUUUUGGCACUGAUUGCAUUCAUCUGCAUAGAGACCAUCAUGGAAUGCUCCCCUUGCGAAGGCCUUUAUUUCUUCGAGUUUGUGAGCUGCAGCGCGUUGGUGGUUACUGGAGUUCUGUUGCUUAUGUUCAGUCUAAACCUUCACACGAGAAUACCGCAGAUCAACUGGAAUCUUACUGAUCUGGUCAACACUGGACUCAGCACUUUCUUCUUUUUCAUUGCCUCUGUAGUACUUGCUGCUUUAAACCAUAAAACUGGAGCAGAAAUUGCUGCUGUGAUCUUUGGUUUCUUGGCAAUGGCAGUGUAUGCUGUGAACACGUAUUUAGCUAUUAAAAAGUGGCGAAUGAACAGCAGACAACAGAGUAGUCGGCAGACGAGUGACUACAUUCGUGCUCGGACAGAAUCCAGAGAAGUAGAUCAUCGCCCUGAGAUCCAGCGUCUGGAUGCGUGAAAGCAGCGUUCAAAUGGGACUGCAAAGGGAAAAGAAGUGCUUAACUCCCUCGUGGAAUUAAAGGGUUUUUUUCUUUAUUUAAGGAAGAAAAGGAAGAUCGGAUGGUGGCAAAGAGUGCCCAGCCCUGCACACGUGCAGAGGUGCAUUGAGUCAGAAGCUGUUGUCAUGAAGGCAGUAAAUAUUGGUCAUUCAAAAGCAAGAUCAGUUUAAGACAUCCACAUAUAUAUACGUAUAUUAUAUAUCUUAUAUAAUAUAUAACAUAUAUAUGUUUUGCAGUAUGUUACUGUUUCGGAUUAACUGCACAGAACUUUCCUUCCCUCUCCCAAGUGCAAGCUCUGAAUACACAUGUUCUGCCACUGUUUCUUCAUCUGUUGUAAACACUACAUUGCUUGGGUUAAUAUAAGAAAGAAAUCUACCAAAAGUAAAUAUAAAUACACAUGAAAAAGGAAGUGAGGGGCAAACAGCAAUAACUUUAGCCAUGUAUCCCGUCCAGCAAACCCUCUGUAUCCAUCCUCAUGCAGCCUCGGCAGCGCGGCUCCGUUCUCAGCUGCAAGAUCUCCUGCAGUUUCCCUGUUGGGGCACUUGCAGGGCUGAAAUGGGCAACAAUUGCACAGUUUUGGUGGCUGGAUGUAGCAGUGAGGUGGUUGCCCUCUGGGCUACUCUGAAAUUGCCAUGUUCAGUUCAGGCAUGGCCCGGGCCAGAUCUGACCUGUGUGAAGUCAGCAUGUUUGCUGAAUUGUCAUCAUAACGCACGAAGUGCAGGUACAAGGGUUUUCUGCUGAAGUUGGGAUACAUUCUGGUUUUCAUUCCAAAAUGGCAAAAGAAAGGUGCUUGGGAGGCAAGGUGGGGGAAAGGGAGUUGAGGGGCACAGGACAGAAAGAAGGGGUUGUCAUCCAGUUGACUUACAUUCCAGUCACGGCUUUUUUUCAUUUGGUUGUUGUUGGUUUUUUCUCUUUUUUCCUCCCUUUUUUUUUUUUGUAAGGUUCAACCUUUCUGAGAAGCCUUGGGUAAGCAAGAACUAGCAAAAAAUUAUGAUGUGCUUCUAAAAAUGUUUCUAAAGUUGCAACAUUGUGAUUAACGUAAGAUAAAUAUUUUGAAGGGUUGUUUGUUUAUUCUAAAAUUAAAACUGUUUGUGGUAGGUAAAAUUGAUUUUUAAAAUUUUUUUUUAAUUGAAUGUUUAUGCAAUUUUUUUUCUCUCCUGUUUUAUUGGAAAAUGAGUCUAGAUAAUUGGAGGAUAAUAUGGUUGUACUGAUUUGUUUAGAAAUAGUUUUACCUAAACUGAAGUUUCCUUAUUUUAAUUGUACUUUCAGUGAAAAGAAGGAUAUUAUCUCGACUCAAAACUUGAAUUCUGCAGUCAUCAGUUAGACAAUAUCAUAACGUUAUUAGGAGGAUGUCCCUUGCUGUUUUUCUGGUGUUUUUGAGUGAUGUUUUUAUCUGUGUAAUCCAUUCUUUGGCACGUUGCCUGCGUGUUACAUGAAGAAAAUGUGUCGGGGAGGAGAUCUCUACAGCUGAAUUCCUUUCUGGGGUGAGAUGAUGAAAUUUUUGAAAUCAGCAGAACUGUGUGCCACAGACACCUGAACUUAACUCACGUUUGACUUGAAUACUUGUUGUAUUGUGUUCUUCCAUAGCUGUGCUCUUAAGUGGAUGAAUGCAGUUCACUGGAGUCUUAAGAACAAAGGGCAAUACAGGAGAUGAGUAGAAGUGCCUGGGCUUUUUGAAUUCUGGAGGGAGCUGGGGUAGUGAGAGGUGUGAGCCUGACACUGCAGUGGUUGAAUUCAGCAAGAGAAUUACUUUGAUGUGUAAAAUCCAGUGACAAAAGCAAUGUCUUACCAUUUUUAGUUUACUGAUACCCACAGUGCAUUUCACCUUAGUGGCCAAGACGGAGAUUAAAAUUCAGAAAGAAUUACUAAUGAGGUUAAAGAAAACUUGCAUUUUCUUAACGAGUAAUGGUUUACUGGUUACUAUAGUAAUAUUUUAAUGUGCUUCAUAGAAAGUUAAUGGGAGCCAUAGGGCUCCCAUUAGAAAGCCAAAGGGAACACCAGUUUAAGAAAGAUCAAACCAUACAGCCAACCUCUAGUGUUGGGUUUAGAACACAGUUUGUUGAGGUGGUGCCUCACCAUGGUUACUGUGUGUUUCAGGAAAAGCAACUGACAGUUCCGUGGUGUGAAGUAGCAGAGUUUAUUUUUGCCAGUACGGUCGUUACAGCCUGGCUGUUUUUCAGCAGUCUGCCUGGUGCUGGCAAAGUUUGCAAGGAGCGUUUGUAGAUACUGUUAAUUAUUAAAAGAGCCUUUUUAAAAGUAGCACAAGCGUAUCUAGACUGGAAUUGUAAACCGGUAUUAAAGCAGUUUGGAUAAAGAUUGUAAAAAAUAUCCCAAACCAACCAAACCACCACAAAAAACCCCACACCAAAAAAACCCCAAACCCCCUACUCAAAUGCAGAAUAUUGUCCUCCAGAAGAUCCAUGUUUUUAGAGUGGAACCCUCACCUGAAAUCAGGAAGCAGGAGUUCAGUGAUGUGCAGUGAAAGCUUUUCGUUAGGAGGAUGUCGUUGGCUGAUUAAUGACAGGGACUGAAAUGGUGAGUGUGUAAGAGAACGCCCUGUUCCUCUCCUCUGCCACCUGUGCUCAUCCUGGUUUUCCAGAGCUGUGGGAGCUCUCCUGCCUCUGCAAGCUUAGGAAUUUGGGAUCUUUCAAGUUGUUGCACCUUUCCUCGCCUAGAAAAAGGAUAACCUCACUGAGCUUUUUCUGGAGUGAGACCCUGAAAAGCUUUAGUUACCCGUUAGCUGGCGUGACAAAUGCAGAGUGAUGCAGUUAUACUUCUAAUACAGUGUAGUACUUCAUCGUCUGUAUCGCAGACCCGAAUGACCUUGAGUGCUUUUACUUGUGAAAUAACAUUUUCUUGAGCUGAGAACAUUAUGACAUUAUUUAUUACUUACACCAUGACUUGAGCUUAGCACAGCUUUCAGGGUAGAAUUCAAAAAUAAUAUUAAUUUAAAAAGUACUAUCUGAUACACUUUGUACAACAGAAAAGCAAAUGUAAAUUUGUAAUUUCCUUAUUUUGGGGACCAAAGAUGAUUUUAGUAUUGUACAGUAUAUACUUUCUAAAAAUCUAAGUUAAGCAUUUAUUACUCUACAGAGACAUUAUUUACUAUUUGGAUUAUAUAGAAGGGAAAUAAAAGUAGCUGUGAGAGACAACUAAACUCCAAACAUUAGCAUCAUAUGAUACAUACACGGUUGAUUCUCCACCCCACUCGCCCGACUUAAUUUUACACGGUGUGUUGAAGAGGUGGUAAUAUUUUCAGACUGUUAUUCGAACUGCAGUCGUCAUAAAAAAGCUCUGAAGGAGGAAAAUACUUUUUUUUUUAAAACUUGCUUAAAAAAAGUGACGUUAAACUGGUUCUCCUAGCCAGUUAGUCUUGGUGUAAUUGCCGAGUGUAUAGGGAUAGUUUCUUCUAGUCCUUAAGAGUGCUGUUUAGCUCCAUAAAGGGAUUCAAAACCCCACUGUAAAUAUAACUAAAUUGAAGCUAAACAGUUGAACCUUGGAGGAACGGGACGCUCGAAACUGUAAUGGUUUUGAUUAGUCCUCUUUUGUCAGACUAAGCCCUCGGAUAUGCACUCCCCAUGUAUUCCUGCAUGUAGAAAUAACGGUAAAUCUUGCAACCUAUGCACAGGCAUCAGAAGAUGAAUUAAAGCAUAAGAGGUGAUUGGGGCAACAGCGUAACAACCGUUGUAUAGUGUUGUAAGCAUAUGUGUUCUCCUUUUAAUGCUAUGUGUGCUCAGGUUUGUCAGCCUUGGUUCAAGUUUAUCCUACAUUCCUGUAACGGUGUGCAAACUGCCUGCAAGAGUUUGAGAAGUUUCUAAACCCAGAGUUAAUAACUGAUUCGACAGUUUCAGUGCUUCUUAGUAAAGUUGCUUCCUUCUUCCUCUCCACUCGUUCCUUUAAUUUCAUAUACUCAUGCCUCAUCUUUUUUACAUUUUAAUAUUUAAUUUCUGUUAAGCCUUCUUCAUUGAUCUGUGUAGUGUCUGCUUCCAUGUAAGGAAGGUAAUAAUACCGUGUCCAGCGAAUAAUUGCAUAAUUGUGGUCCUCUUCCCUUUAGCUGAUGGUGUUUGGGCUGGAUGUGCUGGGAAAAAUGGGAUUAUUUCCCUCUAUUGUGGGCUUUGGAAGCUCGUGGGUGUGCUGCAUGUGCUUCUGUGGGAGCUUUUGGUAGGAGCCACAUGCGGAGAGGGUGAGAGAUUUGUCUGCCUCUGCCUUUAUUGAGAAGGAGAGGGAGAGACAGAGACCUGAAAUCCGCAGUAAAAGUAGGUGUAGCAGUGAUUUGCUGUCCCCAGCUGCGGGGCUGUGCUGGGGAGAUCCCACACCGAGGUUAAACCUGAGUUACGUGGACAAAUGGGUGUGAUUAUGGAAUAACUCCAGCCCGGCUGGUUCACAGAGACCCCCAGGCCGGAGGUGGGCUCCAGGUAUCUAGGAGAAAGGAUAGUUUCAGACUAAUUUCUGCUCAGUCCCACUGAAGUGGGUCAAGCUGUCAUGUAGCAUUUCUGAAACUUGGGUGCUUAGUUCUUGUCAUUUAUAGCAUAAAAUAACGGGUUGUUCAGAGGGCCAGCAAAGCUCAAAAAGACUGUGCAGACAGAGAUGUCAUGUAUGUGAAUUUUAAUGGCAACAAAUGUAAUAUUUUAAAAAUGAAACUGAAAUAGGUACAAUAACCAGCAGAAUGUUUGGAAGUAGUUUGUAGAAAUUUUGCCGUGUUCCUCUCUUUAUUUUAACAGAGGGAGUUGGUUAAAAAUGAAUUUAUACAAAUAUUCAGGAAAUCUCUGAAUGCCACUUGAGAGUUUUUUGCUGUAUGUUGUUUUUCCCGUUAGCCACGUGGCCACCUGGAUAGAUCUGUUUGACAGAGUCAGAGCAGUGCUGUCCAACAUGAAAGGGUUCCUUUCUUGUUUUGGUCUUACUUUUGCAUUGUCUUUUUAAAAUCUGUCUAUAAUUUAACCAUCUGUAUUCUAAAAUAUUCUUAAAAAAAAAUAUCUGCUUACACUGUGAUUUAUGAUAGCCUUUAAUUUAGAGUAUACAACACAAUCUAAUUUUCCUUUGGGAUAUGCAGCUUUCAAAAGUGUUCUUAUAUUUGCCCAGAAAUGAAAGUUGUCUAUUUAUCAUGAAAAUGUGAUUAGAUGAAGUUACCUGUCCAGAAUCCCAGUGCAGCUCUUUCAAAUGUGCUGGAUGGAUGAGUUAGUGAAAUUGCCUUUUAAUCUCUAUGGGUUAAUAAAUAUUUUUUUAUAACUAGCCACAGAUAUUCCUUUUUAAAUUAUACUUGGCAAACAGAAGAUAUUUAAUUUUAUAUGCAAUAUACAUAGUUACCUUGAUUGACAUAUUUAUAACAUAGAGCUUUGUGUUUACUAUGAAGGUUUUAUCUGUAUACCAUGGACUUCAUGGGUAAAAUUUUAAAAAGCCAGUUAGCAUAUAUGGAAGGAUACGGAAACUAUCUUCAUGAAUUCAGAAUGAGGACAUAGGAGCAUUUCAAAAAGCAAUAGCCAGAUCAUAUUAACAGAGUAUCUGGAUUUUUUUCUUUUUUGAUUGGGGCUGGUCCCUACAGCUAUUUUAAUAACAUCUGGAUAUGAGUAACAGAACGAAAUACGACCAUCUGCCUCUUCUGACUGUCACAGACUAUUGUCUAGAAUAUGGGAAAUUUCAGGGUAUUGUAUUUGUUUUGCUUUAGACAAAUGUCUCAAUAGACAUAUUUAAUUAAAACCUUCAUGUGUUUGAAAGAAAACACCCUCUCUCACCCUAGGCUGAUUUAUCACUUUUGGUAACCUUUUAAUCCCCAAAGUAUUGUUGUCUAAAUAUUUUUAGUAAUGUUACAAUUAUCCUCACGUCUACAGGUUAAAGUGGUUCUGGCUAACACCCUUUCAUUGCAACGGUUGCUACCUUCAGGUUUAUACUGUUUAUACUUUAAUCUUGAAUGUUUACCGGUUUCUACUCGUUGGAUAUUGUGGAGGGAGAGCAUAUCUUAGCACUACAGUUCAUCCAGCUCUAACUCAUACGUCACGGUUCUGGAGUAAGAAAAUACUUUGAUUUAUAUAUUGUGGCCAAUUUAUCGCAUUUUAAAAUGAUUUCUAUACUUAGGACACAACAUUUAUGACAUAAUAUAACAAAUGACGUAGCUAAUCAUUAUAUCUGUCUAGACUUACUCUCUUCUGUGUUAGUGUCAUUUUGAAACUAUUUGUAUAUGUUGAAGUUUGUAAGGGUUCAGGAACCCACAAUAAAAUAGUAAAGUAUGUAUUUAUUUCUCAUUAUAACGCUCAGUUUUGAUUUGAAAGUUGACACUUUGUAUGUCUUUUCACAGAAUUGUAAACAAAAUACCGGAGGAAAAAAAAAAAAAAAAAAAAAUCUGCUUCACCUAGGGUGCCUUCCAUGUGUG